AUGUCUCGUGAAGAAACAACUUCCUCGGGUGUGCAAACACCCACCAACGAUUCGCUUUUGGACAAGUCCAUCCAGGAGCAGAAGAAGGACUCCACUGAGGAGGACCUUCCUGAAUUGCCCAAGAAAUCUACAAAAGAGUAUCUUGUGGUGGCCACCUUGUGUCUUUUGGUUGCAUUCGGUGGUUUUGUCUUUGGUUUCGAUACCGGUACUAUUUCCGGUUUCGUGAACAUGCCUGACUUCAAGGAGAGAUUCGGUCAGCUCAAUGGUUCUGGUGAGUACUACCUCAGUGACGUCAGAACCGGUUUGAUGGUUUCCAUUUUCAAUGUGGGUUGCGCCAUCGGUGGUAUUUUCAUUUGCAAAGUCGGUGAUGUCUACGGUAGAAGAAUCGGUAUCAUGUUCGCCAUGGUCAUCUACAUCGUCGGUAUCGUUAUUCAGAUUGCUUCUCAGGAUGCCUGGUACCAAUACUUCAUUGGUCGUUUGAUCACUGGUCUCGCUGUCGGUACCGUUUCCGUCAUUUGUCCACUUUUCAUUUCCGAGGUUUCUCCAAAGCAAAUCAGAGGUACCUUGGUCUGCUGCUUCCAGUUGUGUAUCACCUUGGGUAUCUUCUUGGGUUACUGUACCACGUACGGUACCAAGACCUACUCCGACUCCAGACUGUGGAGAAUCCCAUUGGGUCUCUGUUUUGCAUGGGCUCUUAUGUUGUUGGGUGGUAUGGUUUCCAUGCCUGAGUCUCCAAGAUACUUGAUUGAGAAGAGCAGAAUUGAAGAUGCCAGAAACUCCAUCGCCAGAUCCAACAAGGUUUCCGUGGAGGACCCUGCCGUUUACACCGAAGUGCAGCUUAUUCAGGCUGGUAUCGAUCGUGAGAAGCUUGCUGGUAAUGCCUCCUGGAAGGAAUUGAUCACUGGUAAGCCAAAGAUUCUCAGAAGAGUCAUCAUGGGUAUUAUGCUUCAAUCCUUGCAGCAGUUGACCGGUGACAACUACUUCUUCUACUACGGUACCACCAUUUUCAAGGCCGUUGGUCUUAAGGACUCUUUCCAGACCUCCAUCAUCUUGGGUGUGGUCAACUUUGCAUCGACAUUCCUCAACAUCUACCUCAUUGAACGUUUGGGUAGAAGAGUCUGUCUCCUUGCCGGCUCCGUCAGCAUGUUUGUGUGUUUCCUCAUUUACUCCAUUCUCGGUUCCGUCAACUUGUACAUUGACGGUUUCGAAAACACCGAAGAAAACACCAGAAAGCCAACCGGUAACGCCAUGAUUUUCAUCACCUGCUUGUACAUUGCAUCUUUCGCUUCGACCUGGGCAGGUGGUUGUUACUGCAUCAUCUCUGAGACUUACCCAUUGAGAAUCAGAGCCAAGGCCAUGUCUGUGGCCACUGCCGCCAACUGGAUGUGGGGAUUUUUGAUUUCCUUCUUCACCCCCUUCAUCACUUCCGCCAUCCACUUCAACUUCGGUUUUGUUUUCACCGGCUGCUUGUUGUUCUCCAUCUUCUAUGUGUACUUCUUUGUCUACGAGACAAAGGGUCUUUCUUUGGAGGAGGUCGAUGAGAUGUACGCCUCUGGUGUUUCUGCCUGGAAGUCCGCCAACUGGGAGCCUCCUUCGGUAGCCCACAUGGCCCACUCCACUGGAUACGCUGCUGACGAAAAGCCUGGUGAUGAACAGGUUUAA